AUGGCAGCUCCUCUCUCUGCAGGCAAGCAUGAGGCUCUCCCAGGGCCGGUGCAGGACACCCAACAGAGUGUGAAGGAGCGUGGCCAAUGGGAUAGCAAAAUGGAGUUUAUUCUAACUGUGGCUGGCGCUAUUAUUGGUCUUGGAAAUAUAUGGAGAUUUCCCUAUCUUUGUUACAAGAACGGUGGGGGUGAGUCAACAAAGUCUUAUUUUUGCUUGUGAAAACACUGUAAAUAUGGUCUCCAGCACUGUCUUAAUUGUUUUAUUCCCAUGACUAACAGUCACAGUUUUUUAAUUUGUGACUCACAGGCAAGUCCUAAAUGUCUUGUCAUGUUGUACCUAAAUAUCUUUCAGUGUCACAUCAGAGAACUUGAACAUUUACCCAAAAUAUAUUUUAUCUUAUUUUAUAUUUUUCACUGAAUUGCAUAUUGUGUAUGUUAUUUAAGCAAUAAGGCCCGAGGGGGUGUGCUGUAUGGCUGUCACGAUCGUUAGACGAAGUAGACCAAGGCGCAGCGUGAUGAAUGAACAUAUUUAAUCUUAAUUAUCUUUAGUGAUAAUACGAACAACAAACGAUACGUGCAGUCCUACGGUUAAACACACGGAACAAACCAAACGGAACAAGAUCCCACAACGACUGUGGGUAAACUGGCUGUUUAAAUGUGGUUCCCAAUCAGAGACAACCAGCCACAGCUGACACUCGUUGCCUCUGAUUGAGAACCACACUGGCCAACAUAGAAAUAGCACCCAUAGAAUUUACACCAUAGAACAUAAACACAUAUAAUUUACACACCCUGGCUCAACAUAUAGAGUCCCCAGAGCCAGGGUGUGACAAUGGCUAAUAUACCACGGCUAAGGGCUGUUCUUAGGCACGACACAAACAGAAAACCCCUGAGGUGCUUUAUUGCUAUUAUAACAGUAAAACAAACGUUUUUGUCAUACCUGUGGUAUACGGUCUUUAAUACCACGGCUGUCAGCGAAUCAGCAUUCAGGGCUAAAACAACCAAUUUUAUAAUACAGUUUAUAAUACAGUAUAUACUACAGGCUUAACUUGUGUGUCAUUAUAUAAUAGAUACUAGAAAAUAUCAUGUUGUAUAACACAUUCCAUUCCUAAUAACAUUACAUCCAAGUUUGCAAUAAAAAGUUGGGUUGUGAGAGCAUAAUUAUGAUAUUAUGAUGAUGAAAUUAUCCUGUCCUAUUCCACUUUUUUCUCUCUCUUGUUUACAAAUGCAUGGUUGAUUUGUUCCCUGGUCAGGUGUUAAAUCAGGCAAAAAGAGGAAAGAGGAGGAUUGGUUUUUUGUUUAGCUGAUAUAAAGCUCCUUGAAAUGACACAAAGAAACAAAUCUGCAUCCAAAUACUUUAGGGGAACCCCCUGCAAACUGUGUGAACCCAGAUGCCCCCAUGAUCAUUGUGCUGGUUUCUCAUUCCCAUCACUUUGAGAUAAAUAAGUACACAUUCAUUCACCUUGCAUGGUCACAAUUUAAAAUAAUAUUGAUGAUUGUUGAAUGAUACAGAGGAGUUAUACCUUUCCAUAAUUUUCCACACUGCACUUUCAGCGGUGUGCUUGGUUUACACAGUAGAUUUAGAUAUCAGUGGCGUGAUCUGUUCAGGAUUGACGGAGGUUGAACCUGGCUGAGAGGUCAUCUGUCGCAGGCAAUGGGAAUGUGAUUACUAAAACCGGGUAUAUUAUGAGAGCCACAUUGAGGGUGUGAUCCACGAGAGCCAGAUCAAAAUGGCAUUGUUCAGAUGUAUAAUGAUGAAAGAUACAGAGAACUAUGUAUGCUGUCAGUGUCAACUAAUCUCGGCACCCAGAACCAAAUCAGCUAUAUUAAGGCUGUCACGAGAUUUGUGUCAACUAAAGUUUAAAGUUUGAAAAUAGAUGAACACUAAGCAUUGAAUGGAGGCCUAAUAUAUAUGACUCCUGCCUGAACUAUAGGGGCAUUCUUCAUCCCAUACAUCCUGUACCUGGUGACCUGUGGCAUCCCUCUGUUCAUCCUGGAGACUGCUCUGGGCCAGUACACCAGCCAGGGGGGCAUCACCUGCUGGAGAAAGAUCUGCCCGCUGUUUGAGGGUGAGUUUUUCUGUACAGUUCUGUGCACUUAAGUUAAAAGUUACUUUUUCAAAUGCCUUUGCUGCAGCACAGGUAAGCUACAUUGUUAUCAUUGUGACAAACUCUCUGGUAGGAUGAGCCUUUAUUUUCUGUUUCACAGAUAACGUCAUAAUGUUACAGCACAGAGAAGUUAAAAGAUGAUGGUACAUCUAUGUAUAGUUGAAACGUUUUUUAAGUAAAAUAAGGCACACAGCAAUGAAGAGUAGAGUGAGACUGAGAGUAGAGUGAGUAAGCCCUAUGAUAGGGUGUGUGUUCGUUAUUCGUGGUGAGACACAAAGAAAAAAAUUGGUUUGUGAUCUUCAUUCAUUAAGAUUUCUGUGCAGUUAUAUAGGGUCCCUUUCAUUCUGAGAAUAUGUUUAAAACACCAACUCAUAUAUCUAACUCAUAUUACAACAGUGUCCCUUUCUGAAGACCCAGUCUGCAUUACAUUUUUAUAAAAAAUGUUGAAUGAAUAAUAAUAUAUGCCAUUUAGCAGACCCUUGGAAUUGAACCCAUGACCCUGGCAUUGCUAGAGCCACACUAUUACCAACUGAGUCUGAGUCACAGCUGAAGCAAGCACACUAACUUUCAAGGAAUAAAAAAGUUAUAAAAAAAAAAAUGCAAAUCAAACAGUGUUCAGAAAGGGCUACUUAUAACAUAAAUUGAUUUGGAUUUUAGACAUAUUUUCAGAAUGACUGGGGCCCUGUGGUAAAUCUGACUCAACUAUAGCCAAGGUAAAUGGGAGAAUCAUGUUAGGUUGUUGAUUUUUAUGAGCAUGUUGAUAUGUUUCUCUUCUUGUCUUCAUCAGGAAUGGGCUAUGCCGCCCAAGUGAUUACUAUAUAUGGAUGUAUGACCUACAUUGUGAUUUUGGCAUGGGCUUUCCUCUACCUGUUCUCAUCCUUCACUGCUGACCUGCCAUGGGCCAACUGCAACAAUGCCUGGAACACAGGUAUUUACAGUACUGGUGACUCGACUGAAACUUGGUGCAGAGGCAGACUGCUAUAUUUCAUAGGUUUCAAUUGAAACAGGCCCCAGCUGCCCAGUGGGCCCCCACUGACUGCAAAAAACAACAACGUUAUAUGGUCUAUAUAUUUAAUAAUCUCUUGAAAUUAAAAACAUAUGAAAUCAAUAUUUUCAGUUAAUAAUAAUAAUAAUCAUUGCAGGUAAUGUCCGUGGGAAAAUUUCCCUUUUGGGGGCAAUCAAACAGUGUAUUCGAUAAUCGUUGCAGAAGCAACUACCUUAAAUAAUGAUAAAUAAACUGGAUGAUCUACGAUUAAGACUAUCCUACCAACGGGAUAUUAAAAACUGUAAUAUCGUAUGUUUCACGAGUCGAGGCUGAAUGACGACACAGAUAAUAUAGAGCUGGCUGGGUUUUCCGUGCAUCGGCAGGACAGAGCAACUAUGUCUGGUAAGAUGAGGGGCGGGGGUGUGUGUCUAUUUGUCAAUAACAGCUGGGGCGCGAUGUCUAAUAUUAAAGAAGUCUCAAGGUAUUGCUCGCCUGAGGUCGAGUACCUCAUGAUAAGCUGUAGACCACACUAUCUACCAAGAGAGUUCUCAUCUAUAUUAUUCGUAGCCACCACAAACCGAUGCUGGCACUAAGACCUGUGGGAGAAAGAUCACGUAUUUACCUAAUUUGUUUAAUAUUUAUAGUUAGCAAUUAAUAUGCUUAACAAUAGUAGAGACAUUUCUUUAGUGCAAAUGCUGUGCUUCUGAGAAAGGAUGGUUCCCUCUAGCUCCCUGCAGCUGGUCUGGGCGUGUAGUCAAGGACAUGGGAUGGGGAUAAACUUGAGGAACAGAUAGACCUGUAUUGUUUCCAUUUCUUGUUGCUUCCAAGUAACCUCAUCACACAUUCAAGACAAAGAGCCUCAGAGUGACCACAGUUUUUCAGUUCAUCCUGCCUUUACUAUCUUCCAAGGGCACAGCUGUGUGGAGAUAUGAGUAGUAACGGAACUAACGUUAUCACUUGUUUGUGCACUAUGACCUGAUACGCAUAGCCACAACAAUUACAUUACAUUACAUUUACGUCAUUUAGCAGACGCUCUUAUCCAGAGCGACUUACAAAUUGGUGCAUUCACCCUAUAAACAAGGUAGCUCCUGAUCUGCUGGGUAGGGGUGGAAUCAGCCAUGACUAAGCAUUUUUAGGUCCACUAUAUAAGACGUCAGCAUUUCUUGUUUGUUGGUCUCUCAACGAAUCACCUAUGGGUGGGUCGUUGACCAGCUCCAUUAUUGCAAUAAUUAAUCGAUAUCAAAUAAAGAUUGAUUGUUUGAAGAAAUGACAAAGUCUCUCUCACUUGAUUAGAAUUUCCACAACAGACCGCGCUAAACGAGCUGUAUAAGGCCAUAAGCAAACAAAAAUAUGCUCAUCCAGAAGUGGCACUCCUAGUGGCCAGGGACUUUAAUGCAGGAAAACUUAAAUCAGUUUUACCUAAUUUCUACCAGCAUGUCACAUGUGCAACCAGAGGGAAAAAAAUCUAGACCAACUUUACUCUACACACACAGAGAUGCAUACAAAGCUCUCCCUCGCCCUCCAUUUGGCAAAUCUGACCAUAAUUCUAUCCUCCUGAUUCCUGCUUACAAGCAAAAGCGGGAAGUAUGAGUAACUCACUCAAUACGGAAGUGGUCAGAUGACGCGGAUGCUACGCUACAGGACUGUUUUGCCAUCACAGACUGGAAUAUGUCCCGAGAUUCAUCCAAUGACAUUGAGGAGUACACCACAUCAGUCACUGGCUUCAUCAAUAAGUGCAUUGACGACGUCGUCCCCACAGUGACCCUAUGUACAUAUCCCAACCAGAAGCCAUGGAUUACAUUUACAUUUGACAUUUUAGUCAUUUAGCAGACGCUCUUAUCCAGAGCGACUUACAGUUAGUGAGUGCAUACAUUUUCAUACUGGCCCACCUGGCCCCCCGUGGGAAUUAAACCCACAACCCUGGCGUUGCAAGCGCCAUGCUCUACCAACUGAGCUACACGGGGCCACAGGCAACAUCCACACAGAGAUAAAGAGCUGCCACUUUCAAGGAGCGGGACACUAAUCUGGACGCUUAUAAGAAAUCCCGCUAUGCCCUCAGACGAACCAUCAAACAGGCAAAGCGUCAAUACAGGACUAAGAUUGAAUCCUACUACACUGUCUCUGAUGCUCGUUGGACAUGGCAGGGCUUGCAAACUAUUACGGACUACAAAGGGAAACCCAGCCGCUAACUGUCCAGUGAUGUGAACCUACCAGACGAGCUAAAUACCUUCUAUGCUCGCUUCGAGGCAAGCAACACUGAACCAUGCAUGAGAGCACCAGCUGUUCCGGACGACUGUGUGAUCACGCUCUCCGUAGCCGAUGUGAGCAAGACCUUUAAACAGGUCAACAUUCACAAAGCUGCGUGGCCCGACGGAUUACCAGGACGUAUACUCAAAGCAUGCGAGGACCAACUGGCAAGUGUCUUCACUGACAUUUUCAACCUCUCCCUGACCGAGUCUGUAAUACCUACAUGUUUCAAGCAGACCACCAUAGUCCCUGUGCUCAAGAAAGCGAAGGUAACCUGCCUAAAUGAUUACCGCCCGUAGCACUCACGGGCGGUGGCCAUGAAGUGCUUUGAAAGGCUGGUCAUGGCUCACAUCAACACCAUCAAACCCUAGACCCACUCCAAUUUGCAUUCCGCCCCCAACAGAUCUACAGAUGACGCAAUCUCAAUCACACUCCACACUGCGCUUUCUCACCUGGACAAAAGGAACACCUAUGUGAGAAUGCUGUUCAUUGACUACAGCUCAGCGUUCAACACCAUAGUGCCCUCAAAGCUCAUCACUAAGCUAAGGACCCUGGGACUAAACACCUCCCUCUGCAACUGGAUCCCGGACUUCCUGACGGGCCGCCCCCAGGUGGUAAGGGUAGGCAACAACAUGUCUGCCACGCUGAUCCUCAACACUGGGGGCCCUCAGGGGUGCGUGCUUAGUCCCCUCCUGUACUCCCUGUUCACCCAUGACUGCAUGGCCAAGCACGACGAGUUUCAAGUUCCUUGGUGUCCACAUCACCAGCGAACUAUCAUUGUCCAAACACACCAAGACAGUUGUGAAGAGGGCACGACAACACCUUUUCCCCCUCAGGAGACUGAAAAUAUUUGGCAUGGGUCACCAGAUCCUCAAAUAGUUCUACAGCUGCACCAUCGAGAGCAUCCUGACUGGUUGCAUCACCGCCUGGUAUGGCAACUGCUCGGCAUCUGACCGUAAGGCGAUACAGAGGGUAGUGCAUACGGCCCAGUAUAUCACUGGAGCUAAGCUUCCUGCCAUCCAGGACCUAUAUACUAGGUGGUGUCAGAGGAAGCCCCAAAAAAUUGUCAAACACUCCAGUCACCCAAGUUAUAGACUGUUCUCUCUGCUACCGCACGGCAAGCGAUACCGGAGCGCCAAGUCUAGGACCAAAAGGCUCCUUAACAGCUUCUACUCCCAAGCCAUAAGACUGCUGAACAAUUAAUAAAAUGGCCACCCGGACUAUUUACAUUGACCCCCCCCUCCUUUGUUUUUACACUGCUGCUACUCGCUGUUUAUUAUCUAUGCAUGGUCACUUUACCCCUACCUACAUGUACAAAUUACCUCGACAAACCUGUACGCCCGCACAUUGACUCGGUACCGGUACCCCCUGUAUAUAGCCUCGUUAUUGUUAUUUUAUUGUGUUACUUUUCAUUGUAUUUUUAUUUAUUUUUUACUUUAGUUUAUUUAGUAAAUAUUUUCUUAACUCUAUUUCUUGAACUGCAUUGUUGGUUAAGGGCUUGUAAGUAAGUAUUUCACGGUAAGGUCUACACCUGUUGUAUUCGGCGCAUGUGACAAAUAUAAUUUUAUUUUAUUUGUAGUUUAGUUAUUAAGCACAGGGUGCUGCCAACAAAAUUCAACCAGUCUUAUCCACCCAAAUUUCUAAACUGCUGGCAGGCAUGGUAGUUCAGUGGAGAUCAUGAACAGUCAGUGUAUUCAGGUGAACACCUUCUGACAGUUUAAGAGAAGACAGUGAAGACAGACAAAACAGUGAGGGGAGGGGAGCUGUCUGAUGUAGGCUGUUUACUAACGCUCACUACCAUUUCCAUCUUAUACACAACCCCCCCCCACCCCGACACACAUCAACGUUUUUACCUUGUCAUCGGACAUCUUUGCUCAGGUUGAAUUAAGUACAUUCAAAUGUACUCUGGUCGUUCUACCAAUUCGGUGCCUUUUGAGAAGUGUAACUUUGUCAAAAAAACUUUGAUUUCCCCAAAUUUUGGCAUUCUGUCAUAAAGAGCAAAUGUUCAACUUCAUAAAAAACAUGCUUUCCCAUCUCAAGAGGUUACAUAAAAAAAAGGAUUAUAGUAAGUGCCUAUUAAGUGACAAAUAAAUUAACAGGGUUGACUGUAACAGUGUUGAUGAUUUAAUCUUACAUCAGCCAUAAAUCCCCAUGUGACAGGGGGAAUGGAAGCUUGAGUGCAACAGGGAGUGGCAUUUUUUUUGUUACAUUUCUAGCUUGUCUAUCUAUGGGAACCUAACAUAUCAGGUGUAAAACGCCUGAAUCUAAAUACCCUACAUACUGGUCUUGACAAGAAGAAAAACAACUGUCGGGGGAGGUUCUCUUCUGCACUGUGCAACGAAUCCAGCAAAUGUGUUGGAGGAGUUAAGUGUUGCCUUGUUAAUGUUCAAAAGCUCUUGUUAAUGUACACAGGCUUUCUUUCCAUUUCCCCUGAAAACCGGAACAUUCAGUUGUUGGGGACUCAGCAGAGGCUAAUCUAUGGGCAACAGGGUUGACAUGUUGUGCUCGACCCGUUACAACCUGUAAUUUUAAAUAGAUUUUUAUUUGGAUGUCAUGUAAUGGACAUACACAAAAUAGUCAAAAUUGGUGAAGUGAAAUGAAAAACAUUACUUGUUUAAAAAAAAUCAAAAAAAUAAAUAAGGGAAAAGUGGUGCUUGCAAAUGUAUUCACCCCCUUUGCUAUGAAGCACCUAAACAAGAUCUGGUUCAAACAAUUACCUUCAGAAGUCACAUAAUUAGUUAAAUAAAGUCCACCUGUGUGAAAUCUAAGUGUCACAUGAUCUGUCACAUGAUCUCAGUAUACACUACCGGUCAAAAGUUUUAGAACACCUACUCAUUCAAGGGUUUUUAUUUAUUUUUACUAUUUUCUACGUUGUAGAAUAAUAGUGAAGACAUCAAAACUAUGAAAUAAAACAUAUGGAAUCAUGUAGAAACCGAAAAAGUGUUAAACAAAUCAAAAUAUAUUUUAUAUUUGAGAUUCUUCAAAUAGCCACCCUUUGCCUUGAUGACAGCUUUGCACAUUCUUGGCAUUCUCUCAACCAGCUUCACCUGGAAUGCUUUUCCAACAGUCUUGAAUGAGUUCCCACAUAUGCUGAACACUUGUUGGCUGCUUUUCCUUCACUCUGCUGUCCGACUAGUCCCAAACCAUCUCAAUUUGGUUGAGGUUGGGGGAUUGUGGAGGCCAGGUCAUCUGAUGCAGCACUCCAUCACUCUCCUUCUUGGUCAAAUAGCCCUUACACAGCCUGUAGGUGUGUUUUGGGUCAUUGUCCUGUUGAAAAACAAAUGAUAGUCCCACUAAGCCCAAACCAGAUGGGAUGGCAUAUCACUGCAGAAUGCUGUGGUAGCCAUGCUGGUUAAGUGUGCCUUGAAUUCUUAAUAAAUCACAGACAGUGUCACCAGCAAAGCAACCCCUCACCAUAACACCUCUUCCUCCAUGCUUUACGGUGGGAAACACAUGCGGAGAGCAUCCGUUCACCCACACCGCGUCUCACAAAGACACGGCGGUUGAAACCAAUUUGGACUCCAGAUCAAAGGACACAUUUCCACCGGCCUUAUGUCCAUUGCUCGUGUUUCUUGGUCCAAGAAAGUCUCUUCUUCUUUUUGGUGUCCUUUAGUAGUGGUUUCUUUGCAGCAAUUGUACCAUGAAUGCCUGAUUCACACAGUCUCCUCUAAACAGUUGAUGUUGAGAUGUGUCUGUUACUUGAACACUGUGAAGCAUUUAUUUGCAAUUUCUGAGGCUGAUAACGCUAAUGAACUUAUCCCCCCCCUGCAGCAGAAGUAACUCUUGGUCUUCCUUUCCUGUGGCGGUCCUCAUUAGAGCCAGUUUCAUCAUAGUGCUUGAUGGUUUGUGCGACUGCACUUGAAGAAACUUUCAAAGUUCUUGAAAUGUUCCGUAUUGACUGACCUUCAUGUCUUAAAGUAAUGAUGGACUGUCAUUUCUCUUUGCUUAUUUCAGCUGUUCUUGCCAUAAUAUGGACUUGGUCUUUUACCAAAUAGGGCUGUCUUCUGUAUAGCCCACUACCUUGUCACAACACAACUGAUUGGCUCAAACACAUUAAGAAGGAAAUAAAUUCCACAAAUUAGCUUUUAAGAAGGCACACCUGUUAAUUUAAAUGCAUGCCAGGUGACUCCCUCAUGAAGCUGGUUGAGAGAAUGCCUAGAGUGUGCAAAGCUGUCAUCAAGGCAAGGGUGGUUAUUUAAAGAAUCUCAAAUAUAAAAUAUAUUUUGAUUUGUUUAACACUUUUUUGGUUACUACAUGAUUCCAUAUGUGUUAUUUCAUAGUUUUGAUGUCUUCACUAUUAUUCUAUAAUGUAGAAAAUAGUAAAAAUGAAGAAAAACAUUUUAUAUACACCUGUUCUGAAAGGCCCCAGAAUCUGCAACACCACUAAGCAAGGGGCACCACCUAGCAAGCGGCACCAUGAAGACCAAGGAGCUCUCCAAACAGGUCAGGGACAAAGUUGUGGAGAAGUACAGAUCAGGGUUGGGUUAUAAAAAAAUAUCAUAAACUUUGAACAUCCCACGGAGCACCAUUAAAUCCAAAAUUGAAAGAAUAUGGCACCACAACAAACCUGCCAAGACUCACGGACCAGGCAAGGAGGGAAUUAAUCAAAGAGGCAACAAAGAGACCAAGGAUAACCCUGAAGGAACUGUAAACCUCCACAGUGGAGAUUGGAGUAUCUGUCCAUAGGACCACUUUAAGCCGUACACUCCACAGAGCUGGGUUUUAUGGAAGAGUGGCCAGAAAAAAGCCAUUGCUUAAAGAAAAAAAUAAGCAAACAUGUUUGGUGUUCGCCAAAAGGCUUGUGGGAGACUCCCCAAACAUAUGGAAGAAGGUACUCUGGUCAGAUUAGACAAAAAUUGAGCUUUUUGGCCAUCAAGGAAAACGCUAUAUCUGGCGCAAACCCAACACCUCUCAUUACCCCGAGAACACAAUCCCCACAGUGAAGCAUGGUGGUGGCAGCAUCAUGCUGUGGGGAUGUUUUUCAUCGGCUGGGACUGGGAAACUGGUCAGAAUUGAAGGAAUGAUGGAUGGCGCUAAAUACAGGGAAAUUCUUGAGGGAAACCUGUUUCAGUCUUCCAGAGAUUUGAGACUGGGAUGGAGGUUCACCUUCCAGCAGGACAAUGACCCUAAGCAUACUGCUAAAGCAACACUUGAGUUGUUUAAGGGGAAACAUUUAAAUGUCUUGAAAUGGCCUAGUCAAAGCCCAGACCUCAAUCCAAUUGAGAAUCUGUGGUAUGACUUAAAGAUUGCUGUACAACAGCGGAACCCAUCCAACUUGAAGGAGCUGGAGCAGUUUUGCCUUGAAGAAUGGGAAAAAAUCCCAGUGGUUAGAUGUGUCAAGCUUAUAGAGACAUACCCCAAGAGACUUGCAGCUGUAAUUGCUGCAAAAGGUGGCUCUACAAAGUAUUGACUUUGGGGGGGGGGGGGAGGUGAAUAGUUAUGCACGCUCAAGUUUUCUGUUUUUGUGUCUUAUUUAUUGUUUGUUUCACACAACAACAAAAACAUUUUGCAUCUUCAAAGUGGUAGGCAUGUUGUGUAAAGCAAAUGAUACAAACCCUCAAAAAAUCUAUUUAAAUUCCAGGUUGUAAGGCAACAAAAUAGGAAAAAUGCCAAGGGGGGUGAAUACUUUUGCAAGCCACUGUAUUAAAGGGAACAUCAUUUAGUAUAACAGGCUUUUAAAAUGCAAUAUUGGUGCACAACUUCUACUUCAAAUAUCAAAGGGACGCAAAAGGCACUCUUUUCGUGGAAUGACCCACUCUCCUUUUUAAAAAGUAAACAGGCCCUAAAACUGUCCUAUGCAAAUCAGGUUUGAUAAAUCUGCACCAUAGCGUUUAGCAUUUACGAGUCGCUUUUGUGUCAAUUACAUUAAGAGGAUCUGUAAAUUAGCUUGCGUAUCCACUUGAAGCUGUCAAGUUUAUAACAUGCUACAACUAGACUUCAAUGUAUUUCAGAUGCUUGUGUGACAUUUGGCACCAAUAAUGCCAGCAGCAAUUGGACUGGUUCUCUCCUGAAUUCAUCAUCUUCCGUUGUGGAGUUUUGGCAGUAAGUCUAUAAUAAAUGCUGUGUUUUUUCACCAAUACAUCUUUCAUGAUUAGACGCUUGACUUCUUACAUGAGAAAUUAAUCAGGUACCAUGGUCUUGUUUUUUUAAAGGGAACUGUAUCACAAUGUUGAAUUUAUUCUUUUAAGAAUACAAUAAACUACAAUAGACUACAACACAUUUACAUACAAUACAUGUUAUUUUGGUGAUCAAAUGUAUUGCGGUGUCAACCUUUUCUCCUUACAGGCGGCGAGUGCUGCGGAUAUCAGAUGGGAUUGAGUCAUUGGGAGGUAUUAGAUGGGAGCUGGCUCUGUGUCUUCUACUGUCAUGGAUUCUCUGUUACUUCUGUGUCUGGAAAGGAGUGAAGUCUACUGGGAAGGUGAGGGUUAUAAGAUAUAGUAGUUAGACAGUAGUUUCAUAAUCAUGCAUCAUGCAUCAUUCCAAUCUCAAUCAAUCUUAAAAUCAGAGGUAAAAAAUAAGAAAACAACCAAACAGAAAAAAGAGAGACGGUUAUUUUCUGUAGCUGUAAAGUUACUUGGUGAGAUAAUGGGUCCAUAGUUAGUGUGGUAAUACUGGUAUGCGUGGCUGUACUGUUUUUUUUUUGUAUUGUACUAACCCUGUACUGCUAAUUCAUAGGCGGCAUACUUCACGGCUACCUUCCCCUAUGUCAUGCUAGUGGUGCUAUUUGUCAGAGGAGUGACCCUUCCAGGAGCUAAAGAUGGCAUCUUCUACUACUUGUAUCCCAAUGCGACACGGCUAGCUGAUCCACAGGUAUUAUCUGUAGUAUAAGUGUAUGGGCCAGUUUCCCAGACACAGAUUAAGCCUAGUCCUGGACUAAAAAGCUCAUAGGAACAGCAGCCUACUGUAUCUCCUGUCACUGUAGCGUGAGGCAGCUUGAUGUACAAGUACACCCCCUGGACAGGAUGUUAGUCUAUCACAGGGCCUUACCACCAAUCUAUCUCCUCAAAGCUGAGUGCCAAGCAGAAACACAUCAGGUCCCAUUUUUACAGUCUUUGGUAUGACACAGCCAGAGAUCGAACUCCCAACCUUCCAAUCUCAGGGAGGACACUCUAACCACAAGGCCAUUGAGUCUUAGUCCAGGAGUAUGCUUGAUCUUUGUCCAAAAAAGUCCUUCUGUAGUCUCAUCACAUCUUACUGGUAUACAUUUCCGUUGUGACAUGUUCAGUUUAUGACUUCAGUUUAACUCUUCUUUGUCUGUUUGUUAAUCACUAAGGUUUGGAUGGAUGCUGGAACACAGAUAUUCUAUUCUUACGCUAUAUGCAUGGGCUACCUGACCUCUCUUGGAAGCUACAACAAAUACAACAACAACUGCUACAAGUGAGUCUUCAACUAGGCUGUGGGUUUGAUAAAAAAUGUGACACAUUGUGGCACAUUGAAGAAGUGCCAUGAGGAUUCAUAGCCACAAGAUUUCUUCAGUCAGUCUGGAGACAGUAAAAAGGCACAUCUGUGUAGGCGAGGUGCUGGCUGGAGGAGUAGAACCCUUAGAAAAGAAAAGCUGCACAGUCUCAUGGCUCUGAUGCAUUCAUUCUAGUCACUUAAUAACGUUUCGACAGCAACCUGUCUACAUCAGGGUUUAAUCUGGAAAACACUACAGGUCAAGAUCUCUUCAGAGCAUAUAAUGAAAGUUGGCUCAUUCAGAUACAGUACGCCAGGAGUCAUGGCACAACAUGUCAUGUCACAACACUACCUCAAUUUCCAUGAAUGUUAAUGACCUGUAUUUACAUAUUAUUAGACCCUUGCCAAUGACAACACUGCAUGUUAAAGAGGAUGACUAUGUCGUGUUGAAAACUGUUGAAAACUGUUUUGUGCCUUGCAGAGACUCCUUCUACCUGUGCUUGUUGAACAGUGGGACCAGCUUCGUGUCUGGUUUUGCCAUCUUCUCCAUACUGGGUUAUAUGGCUCGAGAACAGGGUGUGGACAUCUCUGUCGUUGCUGAGUCAGGUGAGGCUCUAAAGGGCAUUCAUCUACAAGGGUGUGACUCCCUAUUAUCCUCCUGAUCAACCCAAAUACUGUCUGACAACAUACAGUUGAAGUCAGAAGUUUACAUACACUUAGGUUGGAGUCAUUAAAACUCGUCUUUUCAACCACUCCACAAAUUUCUUGUUAACAAACUAUAGUUUUGGCAAGUCGGUUAGGACAUCUACUUUGUGCAUGACACAAGUAAUUUUUCCAACAAUUGUUUACAGACAGAUUAUUUCACUUAUAAUUCACUGUAUCACAAUUCCAGUGGGUCAGAAGUUUACAUACACUAAGUUGACUGUGCCUUUAAACAGUUUGGAAAAUUCCAGAAAAUGAUGUCAUGGCUUUAGAAGCUUCUGAUAGGCUGUGGAUAUAUUUCAAGGCCUGCCUUCAAAUUCAGUGCCUCUUUGCUUGACAUCAUGGGAAAAUCAAAAGAAAUCAGCCAAGAAUUGUAGACCUCCACAAGUCUGGUUCAUCCUUGGGAAACGCCUGAAGGUACCACGUUCAUCUGUACAAACAAUAGUACGCAAGUAUAAACACCAUGGGACCACACAGCCGUCAUAGCGCUCAGGAACGAGACGCGUUCUGUCUCUUAGAGAUGAACGUACUUUGGUGCGAAAAGUGCAAAUCAAUCCCAGAACAACAGCAAAGGACCUUGUGAAGAUGCUGGAGGAAACAGGUACAAAAGUAUCUAUAUCCACAGUAAAACGAGUCCUAUAUCGACAUAACCUGAAAGGCCGCUCAGCAAGGAAGCACUGCUCCAAAACCGCCAUAAAAAAGCCAGACCACGGUUUGCAACUGCACAUGGGGACAAAGCUCGUACUUGUUGGAGAAAUGUCCUCUGGUCUGAUGAAACAAAAAUGGAACUGUAAUAAUGACCAUCGUUAUAUUUGGAGGAAAAAGGUGGCUGCUUGCAAGCCGAAGAACACCAUCCCAACCAUGAGGGUAGUGCGUACGGCCCAGUACAUCACUGGGGCCAAGCUUCCUGCCAUCCAGGUCCUCUAUACCAGGCAGUGUCAGAGGAAGGCCCUCAAAAUUGUCAAAGACUCCAGCCACCCUAGUCAUAGACUGUUCUCUCUGCUACCGCACGGCAAGCGGUACCGGAGUGCCAAGUCUAGGUCCAAAAUACUUCUCAACAGCUUCUACCCCCAAGCCAUAAGACUCCUGAACAGCUAAUCAUGGCUACCCGGACUAUUUGCACUGCCCCUCCACCCCAUCUUUUUACGCUGCUGCUACUCUGUUAAUUAUUUAUGCAUAGUCACUUUAACUUUACCCACAUGUACAUAUUACUUCAACUACCUCAACUAGCCGGUGCCCCCGCACAUUGACUCUGCACCGGUACCCCCCUGUAUAUAUAGCCUCCCUACUGUUAUUUUAUUUUACUUCUGCUCUUUUUUUCUCAACACUUUUUUGUUGUUGUUUUAUUUUACUUUUUUAUUUAAAAUAAAUGCACUGUUGGUUAAGGGCUGUAAGUAAGCAUUUCACUGUAAUGUCUGCACCUGUUGUAUUCGGCGCAUGUGGCCAAUAAAAUUUGAUUUGAUUUGAAGCACGGGAGUGGCAGCCUCAUGCUGUGGGGGUGCUUUGCUGCAGGAGGGACUGGUGCCCUUCACAAAAUAGAUGGCAUCAUGAGGAAGGAAAAUUAUGUGUAUAUAUUGAAGCAACAUCUCAAGACUUCAGUCAGGAAGUUAAUGCUUGGUCGCAAAUGGGUCUUCCAAAUGGAAUGACCCCAAGCAUACUUCUAAAGUUGUGCCAAAAUGGCUUAAGGACAACAAAGUCAAGGUAUUGGAGUGGCCAUCACAAAGCCCUGACCUCAAUCAUAUAGAAAAUGUGUGGGCAGAACUGAAAAAGCGUGUGCGAGCAAGGAGGCCUACAAACCUGACUCAGUUACACCAGCUCUGUCAGGAGGAAUGGGCCAAAUUUCACACAACAUAUCGUGGGAAGCUUGUGGAAGGCUACACAAAACGUUUGACUCAAGUUAAACAAUUUAAAGGCAAUGCUACCAAAUACUAAUUAAGUGUAUGUAAACUUCUGACCCACUGGGAAUGUGAUGAAAUGAAUAAAAGCUGAAAUAAAUCAUUCUCUCGACUAUUAUUCUGACAUUUCACAUUCUUAAAAAUAAGUGGUGAUCCUAACUGACCUAAGACAGGACAUUUUUACUAGGAUUAAAUGUCAGGAAUUGUGAAAAACUGAGUUUAAAUGUAUUUGGCUAAGGUGUAUGUAAACUUCCAACUUCAACUGUAACUGCUCACUUUCCUCAUCUGAACUUGAUUUUGUCUACACCUUUAUCUACUGUGUCUGGUAAAAGCACUGGCUGUGUCCGAAAUACUGUAUGUCUUGCCUACUACUUACUAAAAUGAAUAUUUAGAACGUACUGUUUAGUAAAAACGAAUGCAGUAACCAACAAAUAUCAACAUACUACUGAGAAUGCGGCAUUUAAUGCGCAAUUGCGUUGAUUCCUGCCAUUCGUUCAUUUUGGUACAGCGCGUCCCCUCAGCUGAUUGUCAGCUGUUGUCAAACACACGUAGGUCUCGAAAGACGAUUCUCUUCCACAAUAGUGUGCAGCAAAUUCUACUAGAUGAAAAGCCUAAAUGAGUAUGACAUCCUGGCAUUUAAAGCAUACUUUCUUUUUAAACGUCACAUAUAUAAAACGUUAUAUUUUCGCAUACCCAAAAUGCCUACUAUUUAGAAUGCAAGUACGGGUAUUCGGACACAGCCACUGUCUCACAUCAUAGAAUCUUCAACUUUUUUGACAUACUAUUACACAUAACUGAAUGACAUACACAUAACUGAACUGACAUACUAAAAUGAUAACUGAAUGUUUCGUUCAAUUAAUUCAAUCAAAUUGCAUUUGGGUACAUAUAUUCUAUAACUUUUUCCUUGUUGCCCUGCUGCAGGUCCUGGCCUGGUGUUCAUAGUGUACCCCCAGGCAGUGUCCCUCCUCCCCUGCCCUCAGUUCUGGGCUGUCUGUUUCUUCACCAUGAUCAUCCUAUUGGGAGUGGAUGGCCAGGUUAGAGCUCACCUCCACCAAAACCUCCACCUGGGUGUCCUGUCCCUGCUGUUCUUUCCUCUACCUUCCUCUCCCAUGUACAGUACAUUGUCCUCUCUCAUGUUCCCCAGUUUGUCGGCCUUGAGAGCCUAAUGACCUCAGUAACGGACAUCUACCCACACGUCAUCAGAAAGGGCUACAGGAGGGAGCUGAUUCUGCUGCUCAUCUGCUGCUGCUGCUACCUGGUCGGACUCAUCAUGGUCACAGAGGUGAGAGGUCACAGACGCAGGUCUCCACUGCACACCAGCUGUCAGACUAGUUGUUGUUAUUGCUGUUGUUGUUGUGUGACUACAGGUAGAGGUGGUUCUCUGAUAUCUGAACAUAUAAUAUCAGGAACAUAAAUUGAAGCGCCUUAGUGAGGUAAGUUAAAUAACUUCUAAACAAUGGCAAUUAAAGGGUUGAUCUGGGCAGCACUUUUUGAUCCAAGUCCUUUAUGGUUUUGCAUAACAUUAACCCCAGCACAAGGUGCACCUGUGUAAUGAUCAUACUGUUUAAUCAGCUUCUUGAUAUACUUCUUGAUAUACCACACCUGUCACGUGGAUGGAUUAUCUUGGCAAAGGUGAAGUGCUCACUAACAGCGAUGUAAACAAAAUUUGAGAGAAAUAAGCUUUUUGUGCGUAUGGAAAAUGUCUGAGAUCUUUUAUUUCAGCUCAUGAAACAUGGGACCAACUCUUUAAAUGUUGCGUUUAUCUUUUUGUUCAGUACAUAAGUAAAAUAAAGCUUCAAUAUACAGUACAAUCAAUGUUUACAGAUCUACAGUGCAUUCGGAAAGUAUUCAGCCCCUUGACUUUUUCCACAUUUUGUUACGUUACAGCCUUAUUCUAAAAUCGAUUAAAUUGUUUUUUCCCACCUCUUACAUCUACACACAAUACCCCAUAAUGACAAAGCAAAAACAGGUUUUUAAACAUUUUUGCACAUUUAUAAAAAAAAAAGAUAUAUAUUGAUAUCACAUUUACAUAAGUAUUCAGACCCUUUACUCAGUACUUUGUUGAAGCACAUUUGGCAGCAAUUACAGCCUCAAGUCUUCUUGGGUAUGACGCUACAAGCUUGGCACACCUGUAUUUGGGGAGUUUCUCCCAUUCUUAUCUGCAGAUCCUCUCAAGCCCUGUCAGGUUGGAUGGGGAGCGUCGCUGCACAGCUAUUUUCAGGUCUCUCCAGAGAUGUUAGAUCGGGUUCAAGUCCGGGCUCUGGCUGGGCCACUCAAGGACAUUCAGAGACUUGUCCCGAAGCCACUCCUACAUUGUCUUGGCUGUGUGCUUAGGGCCGUUGUCUUGUUGGAAGGUGAACCUUCGCCCCAGUCUGAGAUCCUGAGUGCUCUGGAGUAGGUUUUCAUCAAGGAUCUCUCUGUACUUUGCUCCGUUCAUCUUUCCCUCGAUCCUGAUGCUGCCACCACCAUGCUUCACCGUAGAGAUGGUGCCAGGUUUCCUCCAGGCGUGAUGCUUGGCAUUCAGGCCAAAGAGUUCAAUCUUGGUUUCAUCAGACCACAGAAUCUUGUUUCUCAUGGUCUGAGAGUCCUUUAAGUGCUUUUUGGCAAACUCCAAGAGGGCUGUCAUGUGCCUUUUACUGAGGAGUGGCUUCCGUCUGGCCACUAUACCAUAAAGGUCUGAUUGGUGGAGUGCUGCAAAGAUGGUUGUCCUUCUGGAAGGUUCUCCCAUCUCCACAGAGGAACACUGGAGCUCUGUCAGAGUGACCAUUGGGUUCUUGGUCACCUCCCCGACCAAGACCCUUCUCCCCCAAUUGCUCAGCUUGGCUGGGCGGCCAGCCCUAGGAAGAGUCUUGGUGGUUCCAAACUUCUUCUGUUUAAGAAUAAUGGAGGCCACUGUGUUCUUGGGGACCUUCAAUGCUGCAGACAUUUUUUGGUUCCCUUUCCCAGAUCUGUGCCUCGACACAAUCCUGUCUCGGAGGUCUACGGACAAUUCCUUCGACCUCAUGGCUGUCAACUGUGGGACCUUAUAUAGACAGGUGUGUGCCUUUCCAAAUCAUGUCCAAUCAAUUGAAUUUACCACAGGUGGACUCCAAUCAAGUUGUAGAAACGUCUUUAGGAUGAUAAAAUUAAACAGGAUGCACCUGAGCUCAAUUUCGAGUCUCAUAGCAAAGAGUCUGAAUACCUAUGUAAAUAAGGUAUUUCUGUUUUUUAUUUUGAAUAAAUUUGCACACACCAAAAAAAAUGUUUUCACUCUGUCAUUAUGGUGUGUAGAUUGAUGAGGAAAAACAUUUAUUUAAUCAAUUUUAGAAUAAGGCUGUAACGUUAACAAAAUGUGGAAAAAGUCAAUGGGUCUGAAUACUUUCUGAAUGCACUGUAAAUCUGUAAACAUUGAUAUUGAAGCUUUAUUGUUUUCGCAGGGUGGCCUCUACAUCAUCCAGCUGUUUGAUCAUUAUGUGUGCAGUGGUGCCACUCUGCUGCUCCUCUCCAUAUGCCAGUCACUCAGUAUUGGAUGGAUAUA